AUGGAUUGUUUACUAACAUACAGAUUAUUAGAGUGCGCAAAGUCUAAGGCCCCAAAUGCAGCAGAGAUAGAAGACUUCAUCAAGUUUCUAGGAGGAAAGAGCGAUUCCGCAAAAAUCCAAGCACUUCUUGCAGCCGUAGAAGGAAAGAACAGCAACGAGCUCAUCGCAAAGGGUGUCUCUAUGCUCCAGUCUGCAGCUCCAGCAGCCGCAUCUGCAUCAUCUGCAGCUGCCCCAGAAGCUAAGAAAGUAGAGGAGGAGGAAGAAAGCGAAGAAGAAAGCUCAGGAGACAUGGACCUCUUCGGUUAA